UGUGCGCCACGAGCGCGUGUGUAUAAUAAAAAAAAUAAUAAUAUUAUAUGCGUGCCGUCAAACCACCACCGUUGUCGCCCUUUUGCGUUCAACAAUUAUACGUAAUAAGUUCCGGCAAUUAAAACGGUUUCGAUUUUCGUCGUUUAUCGUCCGGCACCACUCGCGGUCUAAAAAUCGCGCGAACUGCCUCCCCGGGACAAAGUCCAGACGAUAAUACGCGACGUGUGCGGCUCCGGAGUGAUGACUUGACUACCCGCGAGGGGCCUUUUCGUGUCCGUUUUUUUUUUAUGUUUUAAAACAUUUUUUUUUUUUUUUGCAAACAAUCGGCGUGUUAGUAUUAUUAUUUUUGUGUUUUGAAAUUUUACGUUUUCAUUUCUUUUUGUCGAAAAAGAUCGUGUAGGCCGCGUGCGACAUGAAGACGGCUGUGCCCGUGAUAUACGCACUUGGGUGUUUGCUGAUCGUCACGGUCCGUGCCUCCGUGGACAGCGGCAGCGGCAGCAGAGGAGCGCCCAAUGAAGCGUCCGUAACCAUCGUCGACGAUGAAACAGUGAUCACCACUAACGUGGAAGCUGUGGCCGGUAUGGUGGCAUAUUUACCGUGCAACAUGACUCCACCUACUCCAAAUGAUCGCGUCACGUUGGUCAUCUGGUUCAAACAAGGACAGACCAAUCCAAUAUACAGCUAUGACGUGAGAACAGGCCCCGUGAAGACGGUGGCAUCCAACACCAAGACACCGAACGGUCCACAGCAAAAGCCAGCCUCGGCUAUGGGCCCGCAUCGGUCCGAUGACAAAACGUUGGACGGUCGAGCAUACUUUCGCGUCACCACGCAACCAGCCGCACUCAUCGUGCAAGACAUUGGUGACAAGGAUGCAGCCGUGUACAAGUGUCGGGUCGAUUUCAAAAAGUCACCCACCAGAAAUUCCAAUGUCAAUUUGACUGUUAUACUGCCCCCGGACCGGCUGAGCGUGCUGAACGAAAAAGGCGAUCACAUACCGCAUUACAUACUCGGGCCGUACAAGGAAGGUGUGACGGUCGAUAUCACGUGCAUCGCAAGCGGAGGACGUCCGCCGCCCCGUGUUACUUGGUGGCAAGAGAAUGCACUAAUCGAUGAGACAUUCGAAACACUACCGGACCGGAAGGUGAGAAACGUGUUGCGCUUAGAACGACUGGAACGCCGUCACCUCAGCACCGUGUUCACUUGUCAGGCAUCCAACAACCACAUGGUGCCGCCCAUAUCGAGCUCCGUCUCGUUGGACAUGAUACUUCGGCCAUUGUCGAUUAAAUUGGUUGGAGAAAAUCGUCCACUAUCUGCAGACUCGCCUGUUAAUAUAAGUUGCCGAGUUACAGGUGCUAAACCACCACCAAUCAUCACCUGGUGGAAAGAUGCCACCCAAAUGACAGAUGCCAAGCAAAUAACAAGUUCGGAUGGUAACGUAACUACGAGUGUGCUAACGUUUACUCCGGCGAUCAAAGACUCGGACAACACGUUGAGCUGUCGUGCAGAGAGCGGCAAGUCGGAUACCGUCAACAACAGACACAGCAAAACCGACGGUCGCCAAUAUCAAUCGGUCGACGUCGAUUCUUCUGAUGGAUGGAAGAUAAACAUAUUUCACGUACCAGUUGUUAACCUUGAACUUGGCAGCAACAUCAACGGGAGUGCAAUACAAGAGGGCAUGGACGUGUACUUUGAAUGUAAUAUUAAAUCCAACCCGUGGGUUUACAGAGUGACAUGGAGACACAACGGAAAGCUGCUAAACAAUAAUCCGGCCGCUGGAACGAUAGUCAGCAAUCAAAGUCUGGUCUUGCAAAAGGUGUCCCGGAGCCGCGCUGGCAUAUACACGUGCGUCGGUAGCAAUCAGGAGGGCGACGGCGAGAGUAAUUCAGUUCCGUUGGAUAUUAAAUUCGCUCCUGUGUGUCGACCCGGACAGGAGACAGUGCAAGGGGUGGGCAGACGCGAAGCUGCCAAAGUCCUGUGUGAGGUGGAGGCUAACCCGUCGGACAACGUCCGGUACACGUGGCGUUUCAACAACUCUCGAGAAACGGUCGACUUGGAUCGUGAUCGUUACACGGAGGAGGGGCCGCGGAGCACCGCUGCGUACACGCCACUUACGCCACUCGAUUACGGGACACUCAUGUGUUGGGCAAGCAACGAGUUCGGCAAGCAAACAGUGCCGUGCGUGUACCAGGUGAUAGCAGCCGGGCGUCCGGACAGCUUGGAAAACUGCACGGUGGUAAACCAGACUUCGGCAUCGCUGGUGGUCCGGUGCCAGCCCGGUUUCGACGGCGGCCUCAGCCAGAGGUUCGUCAUGGAGGUGUACGACCGUCACGGACAGUCGCUGGCCGGCAACGUGACGGCCGACCAACCGGCGUUCACCGUCGGCAGUUUACCGUCUGGCCUGGGAUUCGACAUCAGCGUCUACGCGUACAACAGUCGCGGCCCGUCCGAUCCCGUUCAGCUACACGCCUACACCCUCAAGUCGGCCGAGAAACGCACGGCGGCCACGCCCUCGGGAUUUCGCUUUUCGCCCAUGCUAGCCGUGAUCGCCGUCGGCUGCGUCGCGUCUGUCGUAUCGGUCGCGUGUAUCGUGGCCGUAGCUGUGGCUGUGCAGCGGAAGCGGUCUAGGCGCCGUCGUCGCGAACGGUCGAACGACGAAUCUAAAACGGCCAUCGACGGCGGAACUGGAACAGGAACAGCAGCUGGAACCGGAAUCGGCGAUAGUGGCGGAAUCGAUGGCAGCGGCACAGGAGGAGGGAUCGAUGGAGGUAUAGGAGGAGGCGACGGUGGAGAUCGUCAUCAUCAACGAGCGGAUACCGUCGAUGACGGACUCGAAAAAAAUCCUGACAUCAUACCGCACGACAACGAUUACUUAGACGAAGACGAAAAGGCAUUUGAACGGUUAAACAGUGGCAGAAUAUACUCUUCACGAAUGGUCGACGCAGAAACAUGUAAACAACAAGCUCGCGGACUCAUGCCGCCACCUCCGUCGAUGACGCCACAACAACAGAUCUAUUCUUCGGACAUUGUCGGCGGUUCUCCUUCGGCCGGCGUCGUGUACCCAAAUCUGAUGUGCCCAACGCCGCCACCGCCACCGUCACAGCUGUUGCUCCAUCAGCACUACCAGCAACAGCAGCUACAGCAUCAGCAGCCCGCUGCCGCAUUGCACCACCUCCGGCACAACGGCGGUGGACCUCAGCACGUACAAUACGUGCAGGUCGACCACCAGAACCAGUUUGCCAGCCACCCACACCAGCACCACCAUCUGCACCAUCAUCCCCUGCCGCCACCGCACUACCAGCCGGUCCCGCAGGCCCGUACCAUGACCCUUGGCCGGUACCACAACAACCACAAACACGGUCACAACCAGCAGCAAGACCGUUCUGCCGAGAUACCGCUGUUGUUGGCCGCCCAGCCUGGGCUCCAACACCAUCAUCAGCUCCACCAGCGCGAGAGCACGACCGACUUGACGGUGGACCAGCAGCUGCAGCAGAGGGGCGCUGCCGUACCAGUUUUCGGCAAACCGCCGCCGUCGACUGCCCCAUCGCAACAGCAGCAACAGCAGCAGAUCAUCGCGGCCACGCGGUUCUGACAGACGGACUUCGAGCCGAUUCCCGAGGACGAUUUGGUCAUGUUGUGAACUCGUCCCCCAGACAACCUCCACCGCGUACGACGACGACCACAACUGCUACUGACCGUAUAUUAAACGCAUAGUAUACGGACCGCGGACAUUCGGCAAAUACGCCUGACGUAUUUUUUUUCAUGAAAAAGAAAAAUGCUCGGGGGAUUGAACGAAAAAAAAAUGUUUUAAAUUUUUCUCAAAUUAUUUGAUAAUAUUAUUAUUAUGUUUUCUACUGUUGUUGUUGUUCGAUUUUCGUACCACGUCUCGCGCGCCGCUUUCAAUCAUACAAUAAUAUAACAAACCGUUGCGAUCGUGACGACGAUAUUACUAUAAUAUAAUAAUCAUUAUCCGUACCGCGAUAUAAAUAUAACGCUUAACCCGAACAUUGCCUUUAAGUUCCUUGAAGUUUCCGAAAAACUGAAUCGCCAUCGAUGUCCGCCCCCCCCCUCACCCGCCGAACGGUCUCUGUAAGACAAUUAGGCAUAAUAUCGUAAUAAUAAUAAUGAUAAUAAUGUGGACACUCGACGCACCUCCCCACCGUCACACGACCCCCUCACCACCCCACCACCGACCAAUCGUCACGGAUGAAAAACGCCAUGUCGUGACGCCGCCGGCGGUGGAUCCGCGUAUCUACGUAUACGGUCGUUAUAAAUUUUUCGGGGACACGAUAAUUAAUCACGGGAAACCAUCUCAAAGUAUAAUAAAUCCCGAAACUAUAUACGGGACAUCUGUUUCGUCGCUCCCGAAAACUCUUACGGGCACACUCAAAACAUCAUUAUAAAAGUUUCACCGUUGUAAUAUAAUAUAUUACAUUGUGUACGCGCGCGCGCG